AUUCCGUCUUUUGCUGCCAAACCAGUGGUAACCCCCGCGCCAAUACUUUGACCCCAGAGAACAAUCUCACAUCUAAGGAUUAAGGAGUGAUUAGCUAAACGGACAUUCCCCAAUGCCCAUCGAUAACGACCACUGCUACUCACCACGAUCCCCUCGAAGUCUCUCUCUUAUGGAGCCGGCACCCGCUGCCGAACAUCAAGAAUGGGCUUUCAAAGGGUUUCUUGAACGUACCAGGAUUGGGAACGAUACAACAUACAAUCUCGAGUUUCAGCUGCAACAUGUUCCAGAGCAUCUUCAUCUCCCUGUUCUUUCCGAAGCAAUGAACAUUGGUUUUCAUAAGAGGACAUUCACAGAUGUCUCAACCCCUUGCAACGUUCUACAUUCCAAGGUACAUUCGGCACGAUUAUCAGCUAAGAGGAAACGCGUUCCAUGGGAGCUGACAGAAUAUGAAACGAUACUUAGGAUGAAAAAGGAUGAUUGCUUCUAAGGGGAGAUCUAUGAUGUCCUUCCGCGUCGAACUCCAAUGGCGAUCCAGUUACAGUACUCUAUGAGACUCAAA